AUGAAGAAGCUUGACCUAAUAAGGGAGAAUCUAUACCUAGGCGAUAUAUGCGCGGCUGCUGAGGUUCUCGAGAAAGGUAGCUCUGAGAUUUCUCACCUUCUCACAGUGUUUCACUGCCCUUACAUGACUGAACUCUACGAUAAGUGGCGUAACGCGAAACUAAACUCAAAAGUAAUCAAGGAAGUGUAUGUUGGUGGUGAUCAAGAGGAGUCAUUACAAGAAGGGAGAGAGUUUGCGAGUGAGAGCGCCUUGCCAUCAGGCAGUCUUUUGUAUUCUAUUGAGCAAACUGGUAAAGCUCUCAAGUUUACAAGAAUGGUUGUGUUUGCUCACGAUAAGGAAUGGGAGAAUCUCCUUGAUUUUUUCGAUCUCUGCUUGGAUUUUAUCGAUGCUGGCCGCAAAGACAAAGGUGUUUUAGUUCAUUGCUUUGCUGGACAAUCUCGAAGUGCUUCUGUGAUCAUUGCGUAUCUGAUGAGGACUGAAAAGCUGUCUAGCAAAGGUAUGAAUUACGAUUUUUAUAACUAA